ACCCGAAGAAAAAGACAUGGCAGAAAAGAAAAGUGUAACUAUAACUAUACCGAAGAUCGUCCUAUGGUUAGUACCUUACUUUUUCAACUUGAAAUAUUAUGAAGUAGCAAAGAGGGAAUAACGUAAUAGUAUUGACACUGUCUUAUUUCUCUUUUCAGGAUUACCUUAUUCGUCCUUGUGAUGGCCUGUAUCGUUUUCACCAGCUAUAAACAUUCGGUUGUGUUAGUAGACAAACUGCCUGCUUUGCAGUACAGACAGCGAUCUACUAGAAAUUCUACAAGCCAUUAUACGAACGUUACAACUCAUGUCGCCUUUCUGAAAGUACACAAGGCAGGAUCAACUACUGUGCAGAAUUUGCUAUUUCGAUUCGGGAUGAGACAUGACUUGAAUAUUCUACUACCGAAGUCAGGAAACUAUCUUAAUAGAGCGUCACAGAAAAUGUCAUUGAAAGCGGGUCAAAAGAGUUACGAUAUCUUUGCAUGUCACACUAUAUACCAGAAGCAAUGGUUUGAUAGCCUACUACCGACAGAUUCAGUUUACAUUGGAAUUGUUCGUGACCCGGUGGAGAGAAUGAUAAGUUCAGCAUACUAUUACCGAGACGUUUUUGGUGUAGGCUACCUGAAGAGAGUACCGCGUGCUAAUUUCAUACACGAUCUAGUAAACUAUCCAGAUAAGUAUGAUACAGCAUUUUUCUCUCACACGAGAAAUUCUAUGGGCAAAGAUUUUGGGUUUCGACGUGGUAUUGAACCAACAAAUAAAUCUAAAAUCAGGAAAUACCUAGAUCAAUUGAACUCACAGUUUCUGCUUGUUCUCAUCAUGGAAAAAUUUGACGAAUCUCUCGUCAUGCUAAAAAGACUUCUGAACUGGUCAUUUGGUGAUAUCAUCUACUUGAAAAUGAACUCACAUAAACACGAACAUACGGUUCUGAACUCUACAGAAAUAGCGAAGUUCAGAAACACCAGUUUCCUUGAUUUUGAAAUAUAUGAAUAUUUUUCCAAUGUGUUCGAAACGAAAUUGAAGCAAACAGAGGAUGAGUUUUAUAAAGAAGUCGAAUUUUUUCAAACUACACUAGAUAAAACAAGUGAAUUUUGCUCGAGAAAGAAUAAGACUGAAAUAGUAGCAUUGUCAUUUGGUAAAUCGAAAUGGGAUGAAAAGUUUCAAGUUACACAGCUAGAUUGCGAAUGGAUGAAGACAAAGGAAUUAUCUUUCAUUUCCAAGCUUCGUUCUACUAAACAUAUUCAACUCGCAUGA